GAGAGCGCGCGAGAGAGCUAGCGAGCUGUGCAGUGCAGUGCAGUGCAGUACAGUACUGUAUAUAUAGGUUUCUCUGCUGUCCGUCUCUCUGCAUUGCAGCCCAGCGCUGGCUGCUGGAAGUCAAACCCAAAUGGCGACGUCCAGCCCCAGCAGUACCCCAGCAGCAUCAGCCUCCAGCGCACAGCACCACCAGACCCAGAGCCAACACAUCGGCACCAUGAGCAGCAUGCAAGGGUUUCAGAUAAACCUGUCUGGACUUCAUCAAAGUAAACGUAAAGCCCUGAAGUUAAAUUUUGCCAAUCCUCCGAUCAAACCUACUUCCAGAAUCACUCUGAACACUGCCGGACUUCCUUUCCAGAACCCACACAUAGAGCGGCUGCGGACACACAGUAUCGAGUCGUCUGGGAAGCUGAAGAUCUCUCCGGAGCAGCACUGGGACUUCACAGCCGAAGACCUGAAGGAUCUCGGCGAGAUCGGCCGAGGAGCGUACGGCUCCGUCAACAAGAUGGUGCACAAACCCAGUGGACAAAUCAUGGCCGUCAAAAGGAUCCGGUCGACGGUAGACGAGCGAGAACAGAAGCAGCUGCUGAUGGAUCUGGAUGUGGUCAUGAGGAGCAGCGACUGUCCCUACAUCGUCCAGUUUUACGGGGCUCUUUUCAGAGAGGGGGAUUGCUGGAUAUGCAUGGAGCUCAUGUCUAUCUCCUUCGACAAAUUCUACAAAUACGUUUAUUCCUCUUUAGACGAAGUGAUUCCAGAGGAGAUUUUAGGGAAAAUAACAUUAGUUACUGUGAAAGCACUUAACCACUUAAAAGAAAACUUGAAAAUUAUUCACAGAGACAUAAAGCCAUCAAAUAUCCUCCUGGACAGGAAAGGCAACAUUAAGCUGUGUGAUUUCGGCAUCAGUGGACAGCUGGUCGACUCCAUCGCCAAAACCAGAGACGCAGGCUGCAGACCGUAUAUGGCACCGGAGAGGAUAGACCCCAGCGCCUCCAGACAGGGUUACGAUGUCCGCUCAGACGUCUGGAGUUUGGGAAUCACACUGUAUGAACUGGCCACGGGACGGUUCCCCUACCCGAAGUGGAACAGUGUGUUCGAUCAGCUGACGCAGGUGGUGAUGGGCGACCCGCCGCAGCUCAGCAGCUCAGAGAAAACUCGUCUUUGGCGGGGAAGCGUUACUAAAGCGGAAGUGCUGUUGAGUGAAAGAAAUGAAAGUAAACCAGACUUCUCUCUCCUCUCUCUCUCUGUCUCUCAGAAACAUCCCUUCAUUCAGAUGUACGAGGAGCGUACGGUAGACGUGGCCAGCUACGUCUGCAUGAUCCUGGAUCAGAUGCCCGCAUCUCCUAGCUCCCCCAUGUAUGUGGACUGACGCGUUGGUUUAAACCCAGAACGGCAGUAUUAAAACAGGAAACCGUACACGAGAGCACCGCGAGCGGCACAGCGGCGUUCAGUUCAAGCUUGACUGUAAAAUACCUCCUUCCCACGUCUCUCUCUCUCUCUUACUGUCGCUCUCACAUCACACACCACACACACACACACAUCUCACACACGCGCACACACACACACACACACACACAUCUGUAAAGUGCAAACACACACGUGUCUGACGGCGGUCUGAUCUCUCGCGGAUGCGGAAUAGUGAUUUUAAACCGAUAUGAAAUAAUGAAAUAAUAAAUAAGCCUGGAAUUGUAUUUAUACUUCUGAAAUCACUUGUGGAAUAUUUGAUUCGGAAAGCCUUCGAUGUACUGGAAACCUGCUCGUGUCUCGUCCCUCCUCUUCAUGUAUGUGAUAUUAAACGUGUUUUGUAUGUAAAGGUGAAUGAUGAUGCAGAGGUGGCCGGGGUUUCUGUAAUCCUCACUGUACAACGACUGUGUGCUGAUAUUAUAAAUAAAACUGAGGAAUAUGGAAA